UCCUCCAUUUACAUCUUUUGUUGCAAACAGAAUGCCCUGACUCUCUUUUCUGUCUGUGGAUCUGAAACCGAAUUGCGACGGAUGAAGACUGCGCUUCUCAAGGAUUGCGAACUUAGCGGCCUUUCUUGAGUCUCAAGAGUUUGGUCCUUGAUUUCAUGAAAUUGGAGAGAAAUGGCAAGUUAUACAGGAAAGGGAGCCCCUUCAAAUGGAUCUGUCUAUAUAUGCAACUUGCCUGAUGGGACUGAUGAAAAUAUGUUGGCUGAAUAUUUUGGCACCAUAGGGGUGCUAAAGAAAGACAAGCGAACAGGUCGUCCUAAGAUAUGGUUAUACCGAGACAAAGUGACCAAUGAACCGAAGGGAGAUGCUACUGUAACAUAUGAGGACCCACAUGCUGCGCUAGCUGCUGUUGAAUGGUUUAACAACAAGGAUUUUCAUGGUAACAUUAUUGGAGUUUUUAUAGCAGAGUCAAAAAACAAAGAUGACCAGACAUAUAACUCGGGUGGAGAUCCGAAUGAUGGUGGUGAUUUUGGUGGAUUAGAGGAAAAUGCUGGAGAUAUGAAUGGGGGUGGCGAAAGAGGAAGAGGUCGGGGUGAUGCUUCAGGAAAGGCAUGGCAACAGGAGGGGGAUUGGUUGUGUCCGAAUACAAGUUGUACAAAUGUAAAUUUUGCAUUUCGUGGUGUAUGCAACCGCUGUGGAAGUGCUCGACCUGCUGGUGCCUUUGGUGGUGGUGCAGGGGCUGGUGGUAGUGGCAGGGGUCGUGGUGGUAAUGACUCUGGGGGCCAGGGUCGGGGAGUUGGUGCUACUACUGGAGGACUAUUUGGUCCAAAUGAUUGGCCUUGUCCUAUGUGUGGUAAUAUCAACUGGGCAAAGCGCACAAAAUGCAAUAUUUGCAACACAAAUAAGCCUGGUCACAACGAGGGUGGUGUGAGAGGAGGACGUGGGGGAGGUUACAAAGAACUUGAUGAAGAAGAAUUAGAGGAAAUUAAGCGACGUCGUCGAGAGGCUGAAGAAGAUGAUGGUGAGCUGUAUGAUGAGUUUGGCAAUCUGAAGAAAAAGUUCCGUGCUAAAACGCAGCAAGCUGAAGCUGGACGGGCGCUUCCAGGUUCUGGGCGUGCUGGAUGGGAGGUUGAGGAACUAGGCGUGAUUGACCGAGACGGGAGAGAGAGAAGUAGAGACAGAGGAAGGGAUCGAGAUGAUAGGGAGAGCAACAAGAACCGAGAACGAGAAGGCAGGGGCAGGCGUAGGAGUCGAAGUAGAGAGAGAGAUAGAGGAAAAGAUCGGGACCGGGAUUAUGAUCAUGACAGAGGUAGAGAAUACGGACGGGACAGGGAUCGUGAUCGGGACCGGAAUAGGCUCCGUUAUUGAGAAGUGUAGGAAUGUUCCUGACUCUGAGCAUUGUUUUUGUGGUAUUUGGCUUGAGACAGAAGUGAUCUGUGGCUGCCUUGGGACGAGUGGCAUUUGAUUUGAACUUCGUUUUACGUAGCAUGUUUAGCUGGUAUGCUAGAAAUCUAAGACUGCCCCUUUUCCAGUUUUUGAAACUAAUUUUGAAAUUGUGAUCCGUGCUGUCGUGUAAACUUGUCCAUUUUCCUUAGGGUAUACUUGGAUGUAAAACUGACGUUGAAUUAUAAAUAUCAUCAUGCCAAGAUAACUUGUUCA